ACAAACGUGACAAGAGACACAUUUGAUUGAACAGAUAAGAAACAUUUAUACUCUCAUGAAUACACCACCAAUCAACCAAACCCUUCCAAUGUUUUUUAAGUACCACCAUUUCAAUCUAUACUCCUCAUGAUACAUACCAUGGAUUUCUAUAGCAAUAGAACCCUCUUUACCUUAAUGAACAAAGAAAAAACAGAACAACCAGAUUCCCCCAACAUCCACCUUCAUCUCCAAAUCCAAACCCACAAUAAAGAAACAAAUGAACAAGAUGUCCUUCCAUUUAGUCCUUCUUUCCCACAAUCACCAUGGACACUUUCUCCUCUUCAUUCUCCUUCCCCUUCAUUGCUCUACCAUUGCAUAGCCUCCCUCCAUCGCCACCACGGAAACAUCUUUUCAAUCGCAAUUUCCAAAGGUUUCGUUUUCACAGGCUCCAACAGUUCAAGAAUCCGUGUUUGGAAACAACCCGAUUGCAUCGACAAAGGGUAUCUAAAAUCAUCCUCCGGCGAUGUUCGAUCCAUUAUAGCUUACAACAACAUGGUUUUCACCACACACAAGGAUCAAAAAGUUAGAAUAUGGAACUUCAACUUUUCAGAAACCUUUAAAUCAAAAAAAGUAGCUACAUUUCCAAAAAGAAGGAAAAUAAACACUGUUCUAAACUUCAACAGAGCAAAAAACAUCACAAAAAAACAGAGUGACUCUGUUUCUUGCAUGGCUUAUUACCAUUCAGAAGGAAUCUUAUACACUGGCUCACAUUAUAAAACAGUCAAAGCUUGGAAAAUCUCUGAUAAAAAAUGCGUUGAAUUUGACUCAUUUCUAGCACAUGAAGAUCGUGUAAACGAUAUCUUAGUGAACCAAGACGAUGGUUGUGUUUUCACUUGUUCUUGUGAUGGAUCAGUGAAAAUAUGGAGAAGGGUAUACACAGAAAAGUCACACACAUUAACAAUGACACUAAAGUUUCAACCUUCACCUGUGAAUGCACUUGCAUUGAGUUCAUGUUUGAACCAUUGUUUUCUGUAUUCAGGUUGUUCAGAUGGAAUGAUAAAUAUUUGGGAGAAGGAAAGGUUGUGUUAUAGGUUCAACCAUGGAGGAUUUUUGAAGGGUCAUCGUUUUGCAGUUCUUUGUGUUGUAACGGUUGGGAACAUGGUGUUUAGUGGUUCAGAGGAUACAACAAUAAGAGUGUGGAGAAGAGAAAAAGGAAGUUGCUAUCAUGAGUGUUUGAUGGUUUUGGAGGGACAUAGAGGACCUGUGAGGUGUUUGAGUGCUUGUCUUGAGAUGGAGAAAGUUGUUAUGGGGUUUUUGGUUUAUAGUGGUAGUUUGGAUCAAACGUUUAAGGUUUGGAGGAUUAAGGUUUUUUCGGAGGAUGAAAAUAUUGAUGUUGAUGGAAAUGAUAAUGGUGAUGGGAGAGUGAAGAUUAGAGAGUUUGAUAUGAGUCCUGUUUUGUCACCUUCUUGGGUAGAGAAGAAAAUUCAGGGUAGUCCUUUUCAGUAGUAAGAAAGAAGUGAAAUAUUAUAUAUGUAAUGUCACAUUGUUGUUCUUUUCUACUUGGAUAAUAAUCAGAUUGUCCUUUGUUUUUGUAA